AUGAGGGUUGUGUUUUUCUUUGUUUAUUCAAUUAUUGUCUGUGCAUAUGCAGAGGAUAUUGAGGAGAGACUGUCAAAAUUGGAGGAUGAACUGUCAACCCAUAAUGAAGUUAAGAGAGUUGCAGAGACAGUCGCAUUUACGGUGUUUAUGGACAAAGAUGCUCACCAUAUAGGUAUUAACCAGCCGUUACCCUUCAAUAACGUUCUGACUAAUAUUGGAGGAGGAUAUCACCCUAUGACGUACAUAUUUACAUGCCCACUGAGCGAACUGUAUCUGUUUAGCUUUGCCAUUGCUGAGUUUAGUGCACCUGUACGUCAGGUUACUGCUCGACUAGUCAUUGACGGUCAAAAUGUAGUUGAUGCCAUUGCUGACCCUUUUCAUUCCGGUCAUGAUGUUCAGGGAACAAACACUGCUGUCAUUCAGGCAUCAUAUAAUACUGAAAUAUAUAAAUCUUUUGGCUUGGGUGGUUCCAGUACUCCAGCUUUUAAAGCUUUGGGUAUUAUGUAA